AUGCACGGGGGCGCGCCCUCCGGGGACAGCGCGUGCCCGCUGCGCACCAUCAAGCGCGUGCAGUUCGGCAUCCUCAGCCCGGAUGAGAUGAAACGGAUGUCGGUGACCGAAGCGGGCAUCAAGUACCCGGAGACCACCGAAGGCGGUCGCCCCAAACUGGGGGGGCUGAUGGACCCUCGCCAAGGGGUCAUCGAGAGGACCGGGCGGUGCCAGACCUGCGCAGGCAACAUGACGGAGUGUCCCGGCCAUUUUGGCCACAUCGAGCUGGCCAAGCCCGUCUUCCACGUCGGGUUUUUGGGAAAAACUAUGAAAGUCCUUCGUUGCGUUUGCUUCUUCUGCUCCAAGCUGCUGGUCGACUCGAACAAUCCGAAGAUCAAGGAUAUCUUGACCAAAUCCAAGGGGCAGCCGAAGAAGCGCCUGACGCACGUCUACGACCUCUGCAAAGGCAAGAACAUCUGCGAGGGGGGAGAAGAGAUGGACAACAAAUUUGGGGUGGAGCAGCCCGAAGGCGACGAGGACCUCACCAAAGAAAAGGGCCACGGGGGCUGCGGACGCUACCAGCCCCGGAUCCGCCGCUCAGGCCUGGAGCUGUACGCCGAGUGGAAGCACGUGAACGAGGAUUCGCAGGAGAAGAAGAUCCUGCUGAGCCCGGAGCGGGUCCACGAGAUCUUCAAGCGCAUCUCGGACGAGGAAUGCUUCAUCCUGGGCAUGGACCCCAAGUACGCCCGGCCGGAGUGGAUGAUCUGCACCGUGCUGCCCGUCCCUCCGCUCUCCGUCCGACCGGCUGUCGUCAUGCAGGGCUCGGCCAGGAAUCAGGAUGACUUGACUCAUAAGCUGGCCGACAUUGUGAAAAUCAACAACCAGUUGCGGCGGAACGAGCAGAACGGGGCGGCCGCUCACGUCAUCGCGGAAGACGUCAAGCUCCUCCAGUUCCACGUGGCCACCAUGGUGGACAAUGAACUGCCCGGGCUGCCCAGGGCGAUGCAAAAGUCCGGCCGGCCUCUGAAGUCCUUGAAGCAGCGUCUGAAGGGCAAGGAAGGCCGGGUCCGAGGGAACCUGAUGGGCAAACGGGUGGACUUCUCCGCCCGGACGGUCAUCACGCCGGACCCCAACCUCUCCAUCGACCAGGUGGGCGUGCCGCGCUCCAUCGCCGCCAACAUGACCUUUGCGGAGAUCGUGGCGCCAUUCAACAUCGACAGACUGCAGGAGCUGGUGAGCCGAGGGAACAGUCAGUAUCCCGGUGCCAAGUACAUCAUCCGGCACAACGGGGACCGGAUUGAUCUCCGCUUCCACCCAAAGUCCAGCGACCUCCACUUGCAGAUCGGGUACAAGGUGGAGCGGCACAUGUGCGACGGGGACAUCGUCAUUUUCAACCGGCAGCCCACGUUGCACAAAAUGUCCAUGAUGGGGCACCGAGUGCGUAUCCUGCCCUGGUCGACCUUCCGACUCAAUCUCAGCGUCACCACCCCGUACAACGCCGACUUUGACGGCGACGAGAUGAACCUCCACCUCCCGCAGUCGCUGGAGACCCGGGCGGAGAUCCAGGAGCUGGCCAUGGUCCCCCGGAUGAUCGUCACCCCCCAGUCCAACCGGCCCGUCAUGGGCAUCGUGCAGGACACGCUGACGGCGGUCCGCAAGUUCACCAAGAGGGACGUCUUCCUGGAGAGGGGGGAAGUGAUGAAUUUGCUGAUGUUCCUGUCCACCUGGGACGGCAAAGUGCCCCAACCGGCCAUCCUGAAGCCUCGCCCGCUCUGGACCGGCAAGCAGAUCUUCUCCUUGAUCAUCCCGGGACAUAUCAACUGUGUCCGGACUCACAGCACCCAUCCGGACGACGAAGACAGCGGCCCGUACAAGCACAUCUCUCCCGGAGACACCAAGGUCAUCGUGGAGAACGGCGAGCUGAUCAUGGGCAUCUUGUGCAAGAAAUCCUUGGGCACCUCGGCCGGCUCCCUGGUCCACAUCUCCUACCUGGAGAUGGGCCACGACGUCACCCGCCUCUUCUACAGCAACAUCCAGACGGUCAUCAACAACUGGCUGCUGAUCGAAGGACACACCAUUGGCAUUGGUGACUCCAUCGCUGACGCCAAGACCUACCAGGACAUCCAGAACACCAUCAAGAAAGCCAAGCAGGAUGUGAUUGAGGUCAUCGAGAAGGCCCACAACAACGAGCUGGAGCCCACCCCGGGCAACACCCUCCGCCAGACCUUUGAGAACCAGGUCAACCGCAUCCUGAACGACGCCCGCGACAAGACGGGCUCCUCUGCCCAGAAGUCCCUCUCCGAGUACAACAACUUCAAGUCCAUGGUGGUCUCGGGGGCCAAAGGCUCCAAAAUCAACAUCUCCCAGGUCAUCGCCGUGGUGGGUCAGCAGAACGUGGAAGGGAAACGCAUCCCCUUCGGCUUCAAGCACCGGACGCUGCCCCACUUCAUCAAGGACGACUACGGGCCGGAGAGCAGGGGCUUCGUGGAGAACUCCUACCUGGCCGGCCUGACCCCCACCGAGUUCUUCUUCCACGCCAUGGGGGGCCGAGAAGGGCUGAUCGACACGGCCGUCAAGACGGCCGAGACGGGUUACAUCCAGCGUCGGCUGAUCAAGUCCAUGGAGUCGGUCAUGGUGAAGUACGACGCCACCGUCCGCAACUCCAUCAACCAGGUGGUGCAGCUGCGUUACGGCGAGGAUGGGCUGGCCGGAGAGAGCGUCGAGUUCCAGAAUCUGGCCACGCUCAAGCCUUCCAACAAGGCCUUUGAGAAGAAGUUCAAGUUCGAUUACGCCAACGAGCGGGCUCUGCGGCGCACCCUGCAGGAGGAGAUGGUGAAGGACAUCCUGAGCAACGCCCACAUCCAGAACGAGCUGGAGAGGGAGUUUGAGAAGAUGAAGGAGGACCGGGAGGUGCUGAGGGUCAUCUUCCCCACAGGGGACAGCAAGGUGGUCCUCCCCUGCAACCUGCUGCGCAUGAUCUGGAACGCCCAGAAAAUUUUCCACAUCAACACUCGCCUCCCCUCCGACUUGCAUCCCAUCAAGGUGGUGGAAGGCGUGAAGGAGCUGAGCAAGAAGCUGGUGAUUGUGAACGGCGACGACCCGCUGAGCAAGCAGGCCCAGGAGAACGCCACCCUGCUCUUCAACAUCCACUUGCGUUCCACGCUCUGCAGCCGUCGCAUGAUUGAGGAAUUCCGGCUGAGCGGGGAAGCCUUUGACUGGCUGCUGGGAGAAAUCGAAUCCAAGUUCAACCAGGCCAUCGCCCACCCUGGUGAGAUGGUGGGGGCCUUGGCCGCCCAGUCCCUUGGAGAACCUGCUACCCAGAUGACCCUCAACACCUUCCACUACGCUGGGGUCUCGGCCAAAAACGUGACCCUUGGGGUGCCUCGGCUGAAGGAACUGAUCAACAUUUCCAAAAAGCCCAAGACCCCUUCCCUGACGGUCUUCCUCCUGGGACAGUCCGCCCGUGACGCUGAGAGGGCCAAGGAUAUCCUUUGCCGCUUGGAGCACACCACCCUUCGCAAGGUGACGGCCAACACGGCCAUCUACUACGACCCCAACCCUCAGAACACCGUGGUGGCUGAGGACCAGGAGUGGGUGAACGUCUACUACGAGAUGCCCGACUUUGACGUCACCCGCAUCUCCCCUUGGCUGCUGAGGGUGGAGCUGGACCGCAAGCACAUGACAGACCGCAAGCUCACCAUGGAGCAGAUUGCCGAGAAGAUCAAUGCUGGCUUUGGAGAUGACCUCAACUGCAUCUUCAACGAUGACAAUGCUGAGAAGUUGGUGCUACGCAUUCGUAUCAUGAACAGCGACGAGAACAAGAUGCAAGAGGAGGAAGAGGUGGUGGAUAAGAUGGACGACGACGUUUUCCUGCGCUGCAUCGAAUCCAACAUGCUGACGGACAUGACCCUGCAAGGCAUUGAGCAGAUCAGCAAGGUGUACAUGCACCUGCCCCAGACCGACAACAAGAAGAAAAUCAUAAUCACUGAAGAUGGCGAGUUCAAAGCCCUCCAGGAAUGGAUCCUGGAAACCGACGGCGUGAGCCUCAUGCGUGUGCUGAGCGAGAAAGACGUGGACCCCGUGCGCACCACCUCCAACGAUAUCGUGGAGAUUUUCACGGUGCUGGGAAUCGAGGCGGUGAGGAAGGCCCUGGAACGGGAGCUGUACCACGUCAUCUCCUUUGACGGCUCCUACGUCAACUAUCGCCACUUGGCCCUGCUCUGCGACACCAUGACCUGUCGCGGGCACUUGAUGGCCAUCACGCGGCACGGCGUCAACCGCCAGGACACGGGGCCGCUCAUGAAGUGCUCCUUCGAAGAGACGGUCGAUGUCCUGAUGGAGGCGGCCGCCCAUGGCGAGAGCGACCCCAUGAAGGGGGUCUCGGAAAACAUCAUGCUGGGCCAGCUGGCGCCGGCCGGCACCGGUUGCUUCGACCUGCUUUUGGACGCGGAAAAAUGCAAAUUCGGCAUGGAGAUCCCCACCAACAUCACCGGGCUGGGCGUCGGGGGGCCUACCGGCAUGUUCUUCGGCUCUGCGCCCAGCCCCAUGGGCGGGGUGUCCCCUGCCACCACCCCGUGGAACCAAGGUGCCACGCCAGCCUACGGCGCCUGGUCGCCCAGCGUGG